ACAAACAAACAAACCGUUGUCAGGUGCAGGGUAACUUCGUCAUUGUUGACAGCUGCAUCAAAGGCAACCUUAGCUAGUUAGCUACAGGCGACAAACUAUUGUUGGUUAACUUUAACAGUUACAGUAGAAUCUAUUCCGUAGACUUACAAUGAGUUUAGACUCACUCUUUCAUCAAAUCCUUCUGACUGAACAACAAUUAACUGAGCAGACCCAAAAACUCAAAGAAGUCAAAGUAGCCAUCAUCAGAUGUAAUGAGAAGAUCAAGAGCGCCACUGAAAGGUAUGAAAAGACCAAUGAGGAACUUAAUAAAAAGGCCCAGCAGUUGUCUGCGAUGAGGCUGCAGCAUGAUCUGAUGAAGAAAUGUGCAGACCAGAUGUCGAAGCAAAUUGAAGAGCUGCUCUGCCAGAAGAGCCACCUCGGGGAACGGCUAGCCAAGAUAAAGAGGGAGUCUAAAGAAGAAGAGGAAAACUACCUUCAGGAGAUCUCAAGGUUCAACAGUGACUUCAGUCUUCGAGGGAACAGAGAGAUAGUGUUCGAGAGCCAAACACACGCUGAGAUCCUGGACCUGGAGAGGGAGGUGGAAUCAUUGUACAAAGAGAUGGAGCUGAUGAGCCGCAGCAACAGCCACAUGAGCUCCAUGCAGGAGGAGAAGAGAGCACUGCAGCUCAAACUACAGGACCUGGAUAGCAUCCAGAAAGACCUGGAUCGGCAGUUCGCUGAGGCUGAAGCAAUGACAGAGACUCUGAGAGCGGAGAGGCUGUUUGUCAGUCAGAAACCUCUCACUGACAGCACCUGUCUGAGGCUGAGGAAGGAGCUGGAGACGCAUAAAGAAGGCGAACUCGAGCUUCUGAGAGAGGCGCUCAGCUCGGAAAUACAGUUCCUGAAGUCAGUAAGUUACCGUGUCGUGAGCAAGGGUUAUUCAGGCUAAUACAAAGUAUUUUAGAAAAGACAGAGUCAUUCAUAUCCCACAAGAAUCAGACAGGAUUACUUGCAUGUCCAAAUAAUAUCUGCCAAGUCUAGCUAAGGGGUGGAAAGGGAAGUUUAAAACUCAUUCAUGUCCAUCUGCAUUCUUAACUGGGUUCUUUGUAGACUUUCAUUCAGUUGUUCAAUUCUUUUAUUUUCUAUUUUCAGAAGCUGGACAGCAGCCAGGGAAGAAAGCAGCAUUAGUUUUGGCACAGUGAUGAUACAGGAAGGUUACAUUAUUCAUUGAUCAUCUCUUCUGUUAAAAAACAUACAUGCUGAUGAAUAGACGGGAGCGAAAGGCUUGAAAGAAGUCAGGAAGGAAACAAAGGGAGGGACGUGUGUGUGUGUGUGUUCUUUAAUAUUUACCUAAAAAGUUACAUGAAAAGAGCAAAUUUCGUUCUGGGAGUCUUGUUAACAAAAUGUUAGUGUUGACACUUGUAAACUGUUAGUGGAAAAGCUGAUACAAAAUAGACAUACAAUAUCACAAUUGAUAAAUCUUUUAAGUGAAAUAUUUUUUUUCUUUUACAUUUCAUUUUCAAGCUAUACACUGCAGGUCUGUUUUUACCUUCAAGUAGUUGUUUUAAUGAGAAAAUGUAAGCUUUUUAUUCUAAUUUAGUUGCUCAGGACAAACAACUAAGCUCAUACACAUGCCUUGUGAACAGAAUGACAUGUGCGUCAUCCCUUGCAAAUAAAGGAGGCAUUCAAAAAGUGAUUUAAUACUGCCCUCUAGUGUACAAAGAGUAACAUUGCUAUAAUGGGGGUUGAGUCAAAACAGAUGCUUAGAGACUGAAUUAGCAUUGAACAGCAUGUAAUUCAAUCACUGACAUUGGAAUAAUGCAAUAAAAUAAAAGCACUUACUUACUUUCACUGCUGCAGUUAUUCUGUCCAGAGAAUAUAACACUAUUUGGCCAAAAGUAUGUGGACACCAAAGCACAUAUAUUCAUUUAUUGUACGUUAUUCCAAAAACACAUGGGUAUUAAUAUGCUGAUGUAUAUGGUGUUCUGGGAACUUGGCCGCAGGGAUCCAUCCCAAUGCGGUCUGAUACAGUGGAGGUCCGGGCUCUGUGCCGGCCAGUCAAGUUCUUCCUCAUCAAACUGGAAAAAGCGGGGUUGUUUAUGAACCCAGUCAUGUUUAAACAGGAAAAGGCCUGCCCCAGACUGUUGCCACAAACAUAGAAGCUCAAUCUUGUCGAAAAUAUAAUUGUCUGCUCCUUAGUUGAUGUGAAUUAAGUUGUAGCCUGUCCUCUUCCAGGUCUCCAUGGUGGAGAGGAGGUCUUGUGGCUCAGGUCAAGUUUGGCUAAGCGUUUUUGCGGAUCCAUUCUUCAUAGAUAUUACAAUCUAUUCUACUCUGUACACGUGUUUGUAUGUCUGUCCAUCCUGGGACAGGGAUCCUUCUUCCGUUUUUCCACGUUAAAGGUUUUUUUGGGGUAUUUUCUUCCUUAUCCGAAUCGAGGGUCUAAGGAUAAAGGGUGUGCUGUGCAGAUUGUAAAGCCCCCUUAAGCAAAUUUGUAAUAUUGGGCUGUAUAAAUAAAAUUGACUGGACUUGACAAUACUCACACUUGUUUUGUUUAUAUGUGAGUCAGUUACCAAGAAAAGCCCACCUUACCACUGCUCAUCCCUCAGCCCACAGACGGUUAUUUCCGUAAUUGAUGAUUAGACAGUCUGUCGGCCUACACCAGAGGGUCAUUCUGCGGGUCAUUUUCUCCCUGAUUAGAGUGAUUCCUAAUAGAAUGAUGUGGAAUGUCAAUGGCUACCUAAUGAGAUCCUGCAAUCUCAUUUUGACUUUUUAACCUUGAUCUCAGUGAGCUACGUCUGGAUGUGUUAGCAAAACCGAGAGCAGACAGAACAGGAGUCCAUUUGGCGGAGUAGUUAACCUCAUUUCAACUGCUGCUCUCGUCGAGACCUCGCCAUCAAGCACAUAAACAAUGAGUGACUAUUAACAAAAUGAAGUCAGAAGGAAAGCGGAGAAGAUGGCAACCAGAACACUUGAAGCUGAAUCCCUCCUUUUAUGGAAAUGCAAUGAUCCAGGCGUUUAUCUUCAGAGAAAUCCCCUUUAAUACAAAGUGUUCGUGAUUGAGUCAUAGACUGUAGUACAGUCGCUGCCUCGCUGAAACAAUACGGUUGUGUUUGCCGUGUUUAGGUUCACGUCAUUUCCCACCAAUGACUGGACCGUGGGGAAAUUCCCCGGGAUAGCGAAUGUAGGGUUACUUAGACGAGUAAUCCUCAAUUUACGUUUUAUUUUUCAGCUAAGGUGCAUCCAUGUAGCUUCUAACUAAAUAUAUAAAGUAAAAUCGGUCAUUACAGGAGAGAUCAAAAUCUUGGGUCCUGCUUUUUCAAAAGGAAACGAGUCAGUGUCCUAAAAUUGCCUUACCCUCAGACCCCAUUAGUGGCAAAGGAAUAGCAAACAUGGCUGGAGCAUGCAGUAAAAAGUCGGACACUGCUAAAGCUGCA